GCUAAACUUCCUGCUACACUCUCUUCACAAUGUGGUGCUCGCGCGUCGUCGGAAGAAUGAGUUCCGAACUGUGAGAGUGUGUCGAGCUAGAGAGCAUGCUAGAAGAUGGCGGAAACACUUUGAUUAGCGCCCUUGGAGAGCGGAAUGAGAUCUUCUUGCUGGCAUUUUUAAGAUGGUGGCACUUUUGAUGUACCUAAAGGAGCCAAACUUCAUCUGCUUAUGGCUGGCAACCCUAACUGUGGCGAAUUCUGGAUUUGCUGAUCUCAUUCAAUCCCAAAGUAAAACAAAGACUCAAGCAUCAGAGCCAAUGGAAGUGGCAGCCCUAGGAAGACCUCUGUCUCUUGGUAUGCUGUACGACUCCCGUGAAGAUUCCUUCAUUCCAGGUGUUACUCUCUGGGAUAAGAAAUCAUUGAGUGAAAAUUUGCUAAUUCGUCAUCAGCCCCAGACAGAUCUGAAGUUCAGUAGCUCUGAUUCCCUUUCUAGCAAGUCCAGUCUCCUGGGUGUAAGUGCUUCCCUGAAGGCCAGUUUCAUGUCUGGGCUCGUGGAGGUGGGAGGAUCUGGAAAGUUCCUGCAUGACACCAAAUCCUCAAACCAACAGUCCAGAGUUACAAUGUAUUACAGUGAAACUACAAGAUAUGAACAGCUCACUAUGUCCCAGCUGGGGCAGAUCACCUACCCUGAGGUGUUUGACCAGAAAACUGCAACUCAUGUAGUCACGGGGAUUCUGUACGGAGCUCAGGCCGUCAUGGUGUUUGAUCGGACAUUUUCAGAAGAGGAAAACAAGCAGAAGAUUGAGGGAGAACUGAAUGUCAUGGUCAAGAGCAUCCCUUCAUUUUCCAUUGAUGGAGAAGGAUCUGUAAAUAUGAGAGGACAUGAAAAUAAUAUGUCUGAGAAGAUCACCUGCACAUUUUAUGGGGACUUCAUUCUUGAGCAGAACCCCACCACAUAUAUGGAUGCCAUACAGACAUACAAGAAGCUCCCCACUCUGCUUAAUCCACAGAAUGUGGUUCCAAUAAAAGUCUGGCUUUAUCCUCUUCAUCUACUGGAUAAUAAGGCAGCUCAGCUGGAGAGAGAAAUCACCACAAAUCUGAUUUCCGACAUUGAAUCUAUAAUCGAGGAGCUGGGAGAGACAGAGAGGAAAUACAAUGACCUGUCAGGAAAUGCACUGGUUAAUAGUUUCAGUGAUAUCAAUGAGAGGCUGCACUCUUUUAAGGACUCAUUUAGCAAAUACAAGACAAUGCUACUGAACAAAGUCGGCAGGGUCUUGUCUGCUAUUCGAGGAGGAAAGAUGGAGGAGAAAACUCUGGAAGACAUCCUGAAGAUCCAUAGGAGGUCCCCAUUCAAAGCUGCCACACUUAAUCACUGGUUACAUGAUGCAAAGUCUGAACUUGACCUCUUGGGUUCUCUCACCAAGUCACUGGAAGGGAUCCAAAUUGAAGACUUAGACGAUAUCAUGGCCUACUUCUUUUAUCCUAAUAUUGAUGUAGUGGUGUGCUUGACCUUGACAUCUCUGAAGUAUGAAGACACAUAUCUUUUAGCCCUGAAGAACUUCCUUCGAUCUGCCAUGUUUAAAGAGCUAGAUGGUUGUAACACUUCAUUUUCUGUGAAAUCUGCCAGAAAGUGGUUCAGUGAUCCCAGUAUCAUAGUAAAGAUGAUAAAAAACGUGUCUCAGUUCAGGAGGUUUGCAGAGGCCAAUAAAGAUGAAAAGAGAAUCCAUUUCAUAAUUUCUGCCAUCUCAAAUCCAUCCAUUGCAGGCUCCUCCAUCUAUCUGAUUGAAAGAGGGGAACUGACAGACAGACAGUUCCAGCCCAUGUCCAACCCGGCCCCACCAAUAGUGAAGAGUGUCCAGGACCAAACUGUGUCCCUUAAACUGCAGAAGUCUUCAUCUAGAGAGAGAGUGCUGUUCAGAGUGGAGUACAAGCAGGUGAAACCACAUUCUGGAGCUGAGGAACCAUGGACUUUUGUACGCACAUACAAUGAAGACUUUACUCUGACUAGAUUGGAGCAUGGAAAGCAUUACCUGAUCCGCUACAGGAUUGUUGGUAGAGUGGGAGUGAGUGAAGCCAGUGAUACUGUUAGCGCUACUGUUGGCACUAUCACUUUCGGUACUGUGCUUCGUUAUGAUGGGUUUUUCACAAUCAUGAAAGCGAUGAGCUGGUCUGACAGCAGACAGUUUUGCAGAGAUCGUGGUGGUGAUCUGGUCAUUAUCAAAAGUAAAGAGAAGCAGAGGCUCGUAACUUCAAUUGUUAAUGAGAUGGGUGUGUCUGUGUGGAUCGGAUUGACUGACAGAGAGAAGAAGGGCACCAUGAAAUGGGUGGAUAAUUCACCACUGAAUCAAGGGUUUUGGCGUAAAGGUGAGCCAAAUGACACAAAUGGAAAUGAGGACUGCAUUGUAUUGAAUCCAAGUACUGUCCUGGACAACUGGAAUGAUAUCCCAUGUUUUGAACGCAGCAUCUUUAUUUGUGAAUAAAAGGGUUCAUCUCAUCUUGUCAUGCAAUUACCUGUAUUAUUUUAUGGCAUAAACACAUCAUAAAAUCAUUAAGAUUCCUGUCUUUUAAAACCUUGUCAGCUCAAUUAAUCAUAUAUAAACUGCUUUCGUGAUGUCAGUUUCAAUUUAUAAUUUUCUGUACAUUCUUAUAUCUGGAUUUUCAGAUUAAAGAAGACUGUAAAAUUGUCAUUAUUUUCUUAUUGUUAUAACAAACCCACAUUAUCCUGAUUCUCUCAGGGUGAAUUGGCAUAAUAUGAGACACCAAACCUCUGAUGUGUUCUUGUCUUGCUCCAUCAUGCUAAUGUGAUCUAAAUCUAUCUAUUCAUCUGACAAUCACAGUAAACAACAGAAGACUAAAAUGUCCCAAAUUCACCCUCUUAUUUUGAUAUUGAGUGUCUGUGAAACUUCUUUUAAGUUGAACUGCUUAAUCUUUGAAUACAAUGGCCAGUGUCAGGCUUCUGCACUGUAAAAAUAAAAAAACUUGUGCCCAUUUUUCUCAAUAAAAAUUGAGACAAAUAUUUGCAUCAGCUUUUUGAGUAUUAUUUAUAUUUGUUCUAUUAGACUUUAAAUGUUUCCAACUUGCAAUCUUAAAGGUCCACUGAAGUGCUUUAAAACACACAGCGUUAUUCCAUGUGCUGACGUAAUUUCAACUGAAACAGGAAGACAGGGUGGAACAUAUCAAGCAGCCCGCCCCCUUUUUGAAAUAGCCAAUAGCGAUUUGUUUAUAUCACAGUUUAAGCCAGAGUCGUUGAGCUUGGUGAAGUUGCAUUUGACAGCAUAUGACAGCCACAAUCUCAUCGAUAUCGGUAUAAAAUAUUGCAUUCUGUGUAGAAUUCAAAUGGGUCUGAUA